ACUUGCAAUCCAAUAAUGCAAACGUGAAACGUAGUGUCAAGUGUCAAAUAAAUGUAUCUCUUUUAUUCAUUUAUUCAGACAAUUUACAAUAAUGCUAUUAAUCUAAGGUAAAAAUGACAAUAUUCAACAAUUUUUCUUCUACUGCAGUAUUCAAAUUCUACUGAUAUAAUAUCACAGAAUUCUCCAGACAAAAUGAUCAAUGAAGAUAAUGUCAACUGGUACCAUGAAAAUCUGAAGCGAGCUGAUGCGGAAACAAUCCUUCUAAAUGAAUGCCAAGGAGAAGAUGGCGUAUUCCUGAUAAGAGACAGCAGCACGGCAGCUGGUGACUAUGUGUUAUCUGUAACUCAUCUGGGUGAUGUUGAUCAUUAUCAAAUCAGGAGGCAUGGGGAAGAUGCGUUUUUUUCGAUUGUUACAGAGCCAGAAGUGACGCAUGUGGAAAUCACUCAUGGACUGGAAACGCUGAUCGAUUAUUUGCAAUCGCAUCCUCUGUACGCCGACAGGACAAGACUGACUCGUGCCAUAAACGGCACCCGACCGCCCCACAAUUCCAUUCUGCACGGUCGCACCAAUCUUCUGCAUCGCGCAACCAAAGAAGGUAAUCUAACUGUGGUAUCUGAACUGUUGAAGUGCGGCUAUCGAAGUUUGGAAGCGAAAAACGAAGAUGGCCAAACAGCUGUUCAUCUGGCAAGUCGCUUAGGCAAGAAUGAUAUUCUCGAAAAAUUGAUCAGUCAUGGAGCAAGUGUCAACUGUCGGGAUACUGAAGGCUGCACUCCUUUGCAUUAUGCUUGUCAGAUGAAUCUACCAGAUACGGUAGCAAUACUAGUUGAGAAGGGUGGAGCCAAUGUACAAAUUAGGAACACACAAACAAAUUGGGUUCCUCUACAUGAGGCCGCUAGUCGAGGCUAUACUGAGGUUGUGAAGACUCUGAUCAGCCUGUGUGCGCCCCUCAGGCCUAGAACCACUGACAAAGAAACACCAGCCUGUCUAGCCGAGAGGAAUGGAUACUUAGACUGCGCCAAAAUUUUGGAUAACUUUGUAUGUCCCGAGCCAAAAACGUCGAAAUGUGACUGGUACCACGGUACAUUGGACAGAGCUGAGGCAAUAGCACUGCUGGCGAAUGCAGGCAACAAGGAUGGCAGUUUUGUUGUGCGCUUCAGUGAUCGGAGUAAUGCUGAUAUCUUGACCAUGAUCUACGAUGAGAAGAACUACCAUUUUCAAGUUCGCAGAGAGGGUCAAUAUUAUUACAUUGACGAUGGGCCACUCUUGGACUCCCUGGAACAAGUGGUAGAGCACUACAGUCUGAUGCCAGACGGACUGCCAACUACGCUUCAAUUGCCAAUACCUCCAAGACCAAAACCACCCCUCCCUCCGCCCAUUUCUGAGAUGUCACUAACAAUGCCAAGAAAGCAUCAUAAGCAUAAUCAGAAAGAUGGAACAUCGAAGCAGCCGCUACUGCACACUUCCACGCUGCCUUUGCCGGCAAAGCAUAAAACAAAGCCUGUGAUUUCAAGAUUCGAAACUGAUGCCAAUUUUCUAAAUUCACCUCCGCCCGUUCCGCUAAAACAGUCGCUAGAAAAGAAUGUUGAAGGUAACUAUUUGCUUCUCAUACUCAUAAGUCAUGCACAGUUAAGAACUUCGUACCCAUUUCAGGAAGAAGUUGCUGUGAAGACUUUACAUGAUGAAAAUAGAUCAAAGAAUAAAGAUCAGUUUUUGAAAGAAGUGAAAGUAAUGGUUGGGUUGAAUCACCAUUGUAUAGUUCGGCUCAUUGGACUGUCAUCGGGGCCGCAGUUGUUGAUGGUUCAGGAACUUGCGCCAUUGGGCUCUAUGUUGAUGUAUAUUCUGAAAAAUCAAAAUAAUAUUUCAGUAAGUGAUCUGAAAUUGUGGGCGUGGCAGAUUGCUUGUGGGAUGCAGUAUUUGGCUGGGCAGAAGAGAGUGCACCGCGACCUGGCAGCUCGCAACAUCCUGUUGGCUUCGCGAAACCAGGCCAAGGUCAGCGACUUCGGACUGUCGCGCCGCUGCGGCGACCGUGACUACUACACCGCAUCGCAGGGCGGACGCUGGCCUAUCAAGUGGUAUGCGCCAGAAUCCUAUAAUCUGGCAAGGUUCACUUCAGCUAGCGAUGUUUGGAGUUACGGGGUUACACUGUGGGAAAUGUUUUCCUAUGGAAAGCAGCCCUAUGGUGAAAUGCGUGGCCAAGAUGCAAUCGAUCUUGUUGAGAAAGGAGAACGACUAGAGAGGCCCCAGAACUGUCCAGUCGAUGUUUACCAAACCAUGGAAAGGUGCUGGCACUAUCACGAAAGGGACAGGCCAACAUUCGAUCAAUUGGUUGAAACGUUCACUGACACAACCUACAUCAAUGUACACCAACUAGUCACUGAAAAGGAUAUCAGCUGAUACUGUCCCUCCUCACUAUUCAUUCGUCUUCCAAAUGUAUUACUCUCUAUGAGAAUCCAUUCUCAUGAUUCAUCUUCAGCGUUCAUUCUACUGUGAUUGUUUCUAUACUCUCCACAUCAUCAUUAAUGUUUUGUGACUCUCUUAUCAUUUCAAUAAGCUCUCGCUCAAAGGUUUAUUAGAAACGGAAAUAAUUUUGUUAGAGAGUAACACGGUUUUUGAAAAGCAUUCAAAUUCUAAUAUGGAUUAUUAUUUGAAAGAAGCUAAAAGAAUUGGUAAGCUGUAAUCUCUCCUCCACUUAUCUCAAAAUGCCUGAAUCUAGAAAACCAGGUGUGACCGUAUAUUAGGCCGAUCACUAUCGGAUUAAGCUUUGCUGAGAUUAAUCAAAGACACAAUUAGCUUCCUCUAAUCUACAUUUCUUCAAUGAUGUGUGUUUCAAUAGCCUUAUUUCCUCUUAUUUUUCGUUAAUCUAAGAAAUUAUUUCUCAAUUUUGACAGAAAUAGGGCUUUUUAAUGUAUGGUGUUAUUCGUUUUCACCCUAUUUUAGUUAUGGAUGCUUUAUCGAGCUACGUUACACCUUAAUAGAUGUACAUCUUUAUUAUUCUGCAUAUCUAUUGGUAAAAGUAACUUAUAGUUAAAUUUCAACAAAAUCAAACUAUUAUUUUGCAACUCCAUAACUCUGAAGAAGUAAAGAAGUCAUGUAUGUAAAGAAUCUUACUAUCAAUAUAUUGGAAAAUUCUUAUUGUCGCUCUUUCUCUGAUAUUGAGGCGCGUUUGCCCUAGCUGCGUUGCAACGCACAUAUCUGCUUCAGCGCAGGUCAACACUAUUCAGUUUAUACUCGAUCAACUUCCACAACGCAGAACUACUCUGCAUCACAACGUAGGAAAACGAACUUUUCAACGUUAUCCUGAGAUUAAGAUUUUAUAACUUUUUUUCAUUGACUGAGAGUACUUUUGGUAUUUAUGAAUUAUCAUUAUUUAAUCCGUGCCAUAGUAUAAAAGCUAUAAUACUCUUCAAAAAUAAUUUUUGAUGAGUAGGCUAUUUAUAGGUUUUUAUUGUUUAUAAAACUAUAACUGCAAUAAAUUUCAAACUUGGAGUCCAUUGGGACAACUUUGGAAUUUGUCAAUUAUUUCUCUACGUUGUUUAAUUUUGAUUUACUGCAUUUCACAAGUCUUCCAUCCUCAAAUCUAUCUCGAGCAUAUCCUGUAGUGUGAUUAUCAUUUGUGAUUAUUUAGUAGUUUAGCAUCAAUUGAAUAUAUUAUUAUCAUUGUUGUAUUUUUAUAAUCUAUUGAAAUGAAUAUUAUACAGAUAUUUUAUGAAACUUUUUCUUCAUGUGAAUUCUAUUAAAAAUGUUGAUUGAAAGUU